CCGGGGGGGUCCCAGCUAUCCCAGGGCUGUGGGGUUGUCCCGGGGGGGUCCCUCUCUGCACGUCACCACCCCGGGCAGCGAAGCAGUUAACGGGGGGUGGCGGCGGUGGGAUCCCACCCCCGGGGCCGGCCCCGGGGGGGCCUUAUAAAGGUGGUGCUGGGCUCCCCCCGGAGAGGGGAGCGGGGCCGAGGGCAGCGGGGCCAGGCCAUGCGGGAGCUGCGCUCGUCCGCUUUCUGGAGGGCCGUGCUGGCCGAGUUCCUGGGCAGCCUCCUGUACACCCUGCUGGGGUUGGGGGCCUCCCUGCGCUGGGCCCCGGGCCCCCCCAGUGUCCUGGGGGCCGCCUUGGCCUUUGGGCUGGCCCAGGCCACCCUGGUGCAGACGCUGGGCCAUGUCAGCGGCGGCCACGUCAACCCGGCCAUCACCUUGGCCUUGGUGAUGGCGUCGCAGCUGUCGCUGCUCCGAGCCCUGGGCUACCUGCUGGCGCAGCUGCUGGGCGCCCUGGCCGGGGCCGGGGUGCUCUACGGGGUGACCCCGGCCCCCGUGCGCGGCACCCUCGGCCUCAGCGCGCUGCACCCCGGCGUGGGCCCGGGCCAGGGCACGGUGGUGGAGCUGCUGCUGACAGCCCAGUUCAUCCUCUGCGUGCUCGCCAGCGUCGACGAGCGCCAUGACGGGCGCCCCGGCUCCGCCGCGCUGCCCGUCGGCUUCUCCCUGGCCCUCGGCCACCUCUUCGGGAUCCACUACACAGGCGCCGGCAUGAACCCCGCGCGCUCCUUCGCCCCGGCCGUCGUCACCCGCAACUUCACCAACCACUGGGUGUACUGGGCGGGCCCGCUGCUGGGCGCGGUGCUGGGCGCGGUGCUGUACGAGUUCGCGCUGUGCCCGCGGCCGCGCAGCCUGGCCGAGCGCCUGGCCGCGCUCAAGGGAGAGGCCCCCGCGGCCGCCGCCGUCACCGCCGUCACCGCCGCCGCCGCCGCCGCGGAGCCGCCACCGGAGCCGCCUACCGCCGAGCCGCUGGAGCUGAAGACGCAGGGCCUGUAGGCCGGGCCCGGGCCCCCGCGCCCGCCCGCUGCUUUGCUGUGACGGGGCCGCCGCGGUGCGUGUGGCGGCCCCCGGUUCCCGGUCCCGGCGCCCCGGUGCGCUGCAUGGACUGGUACAUGAUGAACUGCGAGCUGCUGGCGACCUGCAGCGCCCUGGGCUACCUGGAAGGGGACGUGUACCACCGGGAGCCCGACUGCCUGG